AUGACUGUGUCACUUCAACCAGAGGCAGCACUGUCGCCCUUGCCCAAGGCUGAUGGGUCUGCAACGUAUUCAUACGCGGGAUACACCAUCACGGCCUCUGCGAACGGUCCCAUCGAGGCCCAGAGAAGGGAUGAGCACCCUUACGAGGCUCUCGUCGAUGUGGUAGUACGGCCUGCCGCAGGUGUCGGAGGCACGCGAGAGCGGCAUCUCGAGUCGUUGCUGCAGCAGUCUCUGCGACAGCUCAUCCUCGUCAAGAAUUUCCCGCGCUGCCUCAUCCAGAUUGUAUUGCAGAUCACCGCCUCUCCUGCCAACGAAUACGUCAACACGAAACUCACUCAGGCCAGUACGGACCUGUCCAUCAUCCCCGCCCUGCUUCAGACGGCAGUUUUGGCCCUGCUGUCCGCUGCCGUACCGAUGAGGUCGACCGCGACAUGUGUCGUUGCGGCAGUGUCGCCCGAGGACGGCAAGACCGAGGUCGUCAUCGAUCCGUCCCCACGACAGGUGGAGCUGUCUCGGUCUGUUCAUGUGCUGGCCUUCACCUCUCACGAUGAGCUGCUGCUCGCCGAGAGCGAGGGUGACUUCUCCAUGAACGAAUGGGAUCAGGUCUACGAUACCGCGCGGUCCAUCUGCUGCAGGCCCCCCGCGCGAGAGGUAGACAUGGUCCUGGACGACGAUCAGCAAGCUGGUCUAGAUCUGCGGCAGUUUGUUCGGUCGACAACAGAAGCUAAAGUCACGGCUGACCUUCACUGGAAGUGA